CCUGCUUUUACUGACCGCAUGGCUAUCUGCCUUGCGCAUGCGCACUUCUCACCUUGACUCGACUGGGGCACAACGCAACAGAAUCCGUCUGGUGAGCAAGACUGCUCUUAACCGUGAAUGAGUCAUGGCCCAAUUCGGGGGACAGAAAAAUCCGCCGUGGGCGUCUCCAUUUGCGACCACAGCAGUGUCUCAGCCAGGUCACUCAGGACAGUCUCUUGACCUCAACAGCCUUCACCCUCUUGGAGUCCAGCAGCCGUCUCUGUUGGGAGCAUCUCCUUCUGUUUACUCUCAGCAGUCAGCCCUGGCUGCAGCUACUCUCAGCAACCAAUCUGCAGCCAGCUAUCAGCUGUCUCAGCAAACUGCUGCGUUGCAGCAGCAGGCGGCGGCGGCGGCUGCAGCCGCAGCAGCGCUACAGCAGUCUCAGAUCAACUCAGCGCUCCAACAGUAUCAGCAGCAGCAGCAGCAGCAGCAGCAACCUCCCCAGCCACCCCCGCAGCAGCAGCUGUACAAUUUACCUCAUCCGCUCCCUCAGCCUCAGCAGGCACUGAUCUCUCAGCCCCCUGUCCAAUUGCCCACAAGCCUGAGCUUGUCCAACCCCCAGCAGACAGCCCAGAUCACCGUGUCGUACCCAACGCCACGUUCGAGCCACCAACAGCAGACGCAGCCACAGAAACAGCGAGUCUUCACAGGCGUCGUCAACAAGCUACACGACACGUUUGGUUUUGUAGACGAAGACGUCUUCUUUCAGCUCAGUGCUGUGAAGGGAAAGACUCCUCAGGUUGGUGAUAGGGUUCUAGUGGAAGCUGUGUACAACCCCAAUUUGCCCUUCAAGUGGAAUGCUCAGCGUAUCCAGACGUUACCUCAGCUAGCAAAUCAGUCGCAUCAGCAGCAACCUCAGCCUCUACCACAAGCUUCUCCACAGCUCGGCAGCCUUUACAAUGAGCCGGGGAUGCAGCUGCGCUACACGGAUAUGCACCCGACAGACAACAGACAAAAUAGCCAGCCCCAGGCGCCUAGCAUGAUAAAGCCAGCCCCUACCAUGCUGCAGUCUCUACCUCCCCCAACCACGUUCAGUGUUCCAGCGCAGGCCCCCCCGCCUUCCCUCCUGCAGGCCCAGCUCUCGGCUGCUUCUCUGACCCCUCUCCUCCAAAACCCUCCUCAGCCUCUGCUUCCACAGCCUCCACCCAAAGACGUUUUUCCUGGUGGUCUACUUCAGGCACCAGUGAGACUUAUGCCACAACCACAGCCCAUGCGCCGACUCGAGCCUCCGCCUCGUUUCCCCCCCACCCGAAACGAUCGAGGGCCCGAGCUCAUCCUCCGGUCCAAAGAAGAACGCAGUAGAGACAGAGACCGUGAGCGGAGAAGAUCGAGAGAGCGCUCACCCACCCGCAAACGCUCACGAGACCGUUCACCGAGACGCGAACGCUCUCCGAGACGGCCUCGCCGAGCAGUUCCCCGCUACACCGUCCAGCUUUCUAAAUUCAGCUUAGACGGCUCUAGCUGUGACUUGAUGGAGCUGAGAAGGCGCUACCAGAGUCUCUACAUCCCCAGUGACUUCUUUAAUGCAGUCUUCACCUGGGUGGAUGCCUUCCCGUUUACGAGAUCCUUCCAGUUCGGUAAUGCCUGUAACUUCCACAUUUUGCACAAAGAAGUGGAUCCUGUAGUCAAAAACACGGCUGUGCUGGACCCCCCUGAUGUCAAUCACACCUACAGUGCUAAGGUGAUGCUGCUCACUAACCCCAGUUUAGAGGAGCUUUACCACAAGUCCUGCGCUCUGGCCGAAGACCCCCAGGAGCUCAGAGACGCCUUCCAGCACCCUGCUAGACUUAUUAAGUUUUUAGUGGGCAUGAGAGGUAAAGAUGAGGCCAUGGCCAUCGGCGGUCACUGGUCUCCCUCUCUGGAUGGAGCCGACCCGGAGAAGGACCCAGCAGUCCUUAUUAAGACAGCCAUACGCUGUUGCAAGGCCCUCACAGGCAUAGACCUUAGUCUGUGCACUCAGUGGUAUCGUUUUGCAGAGAUUCGCUAUCAUCGACCAGAGGAGACACACAAGGGGCGGACAGUCCCCGCUCAUGUGGAGACAGUGGUUUUGUUUCUUCCGGAUGUUUGGCAUUGUCUUCCUACCCGCUCAGAGUGGGAGGUGCUGUCACGGGGACUCCGGGAGCAGCUGGCUGAGAAGCUGUCGGCCGAGCGAAAGGAGGCGGAUGGAGAACAGGAGGAGGAGGAGAAGGACGAAGACGAGUCGAAAGAUGUUAGCAUCCCUACUCACUGGGCUAAACUCGACCCAAAGUCCAUGAAGGUAAACGACCUGCGUAAAGAGCUCGACUGUCGCUCGCUGAGCUCAAAGGGGUUGAAAUCGCAGCUGAUUGCUCGCCUCACCAAGCAGCUGAAGGUGGAGGAGCAGGUGGAGGAGUCUAAGGAACCGGAGAAACCAGAAUGCAAAGUCCCAGAGGAGGAGGAGCAGCCUCGGAGCGAAGACGACAGAGAGGAGGAUGAAAGAAAAAAGCAAGAGGAGCUCGAGCGUCAGCGGAGAGAACGGCGCUACAUCCUCCCUGACGAGCCCAUCAUCCUCGUUCACCCCAACUGGGCAGCCAAGAACGGCAAGUUUGACUGUAGCGUCAUGUCUCUGAGCGUGCUGCUCGACUACAGGCUAGAGGACAACAAGGAGCACUCCUUUGAGGUUUCCUUGUUUGCUGAGCUGUUCAACGAGAUGCUGCAGAGAGACUUUGGCUACCGCAUAUACAAAGCCCUCGCCGCUCUUCCUGCAAAGGAUGAGAAGAAGGAAAAGAAGGUAAAAAAGGAGGUGGAGAAAAAAGAACUGGAAAAACGUGAAAUCAAAAAGGAGAAGGAGGAAGAGAGUGAUGAGCCAGCUGCAAAAAAGACCAAAGAAGAUGAAGAGGAGAAGAAGUGUGAUGAGAAAAUGAUCAAGAAGGAGGAGUCUAGAGACGAGGAGGACAACGAAGACGAGGGAAGCACAGCCAACGCUGAAGAAUACGACCCCAUGGAGGCUGAAGACGCAGAUGAUGACGACGACGAUGACAAGGACGAGGAUGAUUCCUACGACAGAGACAGGAAAGACCGCAGAGAUGAGCGCAGGCCGUCUAAGGAACGAUCCUCUAAGGACAAGGAGAAAAAGCAGAUGGUGACACACAACAAGGAGCUCCUCAUGGCGUUUGUCUACUUUGAUCAGAGCCACUGUGGCUAUUUGCUGGAAAGAGACCUGGAGGAGAUCCUGUACACACUGGGACUCCAUCUUUCUCGUGCACAAAUAAAGAAGCUUCUGAACAAACCGGUGGUCAGGGAGACUUGUUACUACCGAAAACUGACAGACAGAGGAAAGGACGAUCCUGUCCCCUCCUCUAAUGAAGCCGAGAUAGAAAACCUCAUAGGUAACCGAGGGCUGAUUCCUUCUUUCACUGCGCGGUCCCAGUCCGAGGCGAGCGGGUCCGGUAACCUGAUCGUGUACAACGGCGCCAUGGUUGAUGUCGGCAGCAUGAUGCAGAAACUGGAGAAGAGCGAGAAAGCAAGGGAGGAGAUAGAACAGAAGCUCAUGCUGCAGGAUGCCAAAAAAGAGGAAAAUGCAAAGGUUAAACUUCAGUUGGAACAAGCCAACAACACCUUGUCCAGGGAGCUCGAGGAGGUGAGAGAAACCCUCCGCCAAACCGAGGAGACGCUCAGAGCCGCGGAGGAGAAGAAGACCCUCUACCAUGAGCUGAUACGCAAAUCGGCCAACUCCUUAACGAGCACCGUCAAAGGGCUUAUGGAGGUUCUGGAUAAGGACCAGGAAGUAGAUGAAUCUGCCGCUGGGGCUGCUGGAGACCACAUUCAGACGAACGGCUCCGAUAAAUAACUUCUAAUGUGACUCAUCUGUAAAACUGAUCCUAAAUUGUAAAUAUUUGCUGAACGUGUCACUUGACGGUUUAAUUUGAGCCUAUGACAUCUAUAAUUUAAAUUCUUAAUUUUAGUUGAUUUCCGUUCUUGUUUACUUUUCUUACUGAGGGUAAUUCUGACUGACGAGCACCCCCCCCCCCCCCCCCCCCCCCCGCCGCUUCAGCUUCAUUACUCCCAGCAGAGCGCCACAGCGUAGAGAUCUAAAAGCCAGUAUGUGUGAGUGGUACUUAGGUUUUUCAGUUUUUUAAGGAGCAAUAGCAAAGCUAUUUAUGUGCAAGAGGAUUCAUACAGAACUAUAUUUAAGGAGCUGCUUUUGGAUGGAAAUGGGUCCAGAUAGGAAAAUCCUUCAGAUCGACUGAUUUAUGUGGGAUUUAUUUUUACACACGUGGCUAUGCAUGCUCCCUCCCUUCUCCCCUGAUAUCCCCCACCCUUUUCUGCACCUCCUGACCGUGUCCACCGGCUGACAGUGAGAGUGUCUCGUCUUCUGACUGUGAUUUCCAUUUGUCACGUUUUCUGAAGAAGAGCUCGACUCAAACCAAAAGCUAAACUAAAUGAAUGUGUGUUCAGUUGAAGGAAAGACCGCGCAUGUGUGUGUGUGUGUGUGUGUUUUGUGUGUGUGUGUGUGUGUGUGUGUGUGUGUGUGUGUUGCUUUCGCUUGUUAAUAAAAAAAAGAGGUACAAUAACAUUUGAUGUCCUCCAAAGCAGGCGAUUUUAUUUUUCUAUUGGAAAUGUACUCUGUAGAUGUUUUGUGUUAGAAUAAAUUGGUCCCUUUAACACUAAAA